UCUCCUCUUUCCCCUCUCCUCUUUCCCCUCUCCUCUUCCCCCUCUCCUCUUCCCCCUCUCCUCUUCCCCCUCUCCUCUUUCAACUCAAAAGCUAUAGCAGCAGUAUUCAAUCUAGACGGAAUGUUACUGAACCCCCCAACAACAAGAUGAAUGAAUAUGGGUCAUUCAACAAGUCUCAUGUCUGCUAGGAGCAAGACAGUGGAGCCCAUUGGACUUUCACAGUAAUAAUCACAACCAUAUUUUACAACUAAAAAUGUGUGUUGCUACACCAACGCAUGCAAAUAAAACAAUUCAAUGGUCACAUGUACGUCUCUGUGUUACAGUGGGUCUAGUCCAGGUGGGUCUAGUCCAGGUGGGUCUAGUCCAGGUGGGUCUAGUCCAGGUGUGUCUCUGUGUUACAGUGUGUCUAGUCCAGGUGUGUCUAGUCCAGGUGGGUCUAGUCCAGGUGUGUCUCUGUGUUACAGUGUGUCUAGUCCAGGUGGGUCUAGUCCAGGUGGGUCUCUGUGUUACAGUGUGUCUAGUCCAGGUGGGUCUCUGUGUUACAGUGUGUCUAGUCCAGGUGGGUCUAGUCCAGGUGGGUCUCUGUGUUACAGUGUGUCUAGUCCAGGUGUGUCUAGUCCAGGUGUGUCUCUGUGUUACAGUGUGUCUAGUCCAGGUGUGUCUCUGUGUUACAGUGGGUCUAGUCCAGGUGGGUCUCUGUGUUACAGUGUGUCUAGUCCAGGUGGGUCUCUGUGUUACAGUGGGUCUAGUCCAGGUGGGUCUCUGUGUUACAGUGUGUCUAGUCCAGGUGGGUCUCUGUGUUACAGUGUGUCUAGUCCAGGUGGGUCUAGUCCAGGUGGGUCUAGUCCAGGUGUGUCUCUGUGUUACAGUGUGUCUAGUCCAGGUGUGUCUCUGUGUUACAGUGUGUCUAGUCCAGGUGGGUCUAGUCCAGGUGUGUCUCUGUGUUACAGUGUGUCUAGUCCAGGUGGGUCUAGUCCAGGUGUGUCUCUGUGUUACAGUGUGUCUAGUCCAGGUGGGUCUAGUCCAGGUGGGUCUAGUCCAGGUGGGUCUAGUCCAAGUGUGUCUCUGUGUUACAGUGUGUCUAGUCCAGGUGUGUCUAGUCCAGGUGGGUCUAGUCCAGGUGUGUCUCUGUGUUACAGUGUGUCUAGUCCAGGUGUGUCUAGUCCAGGUGUGUCUAGUCCAGGGGUGUCUCUGUGUUACAGUGUGUCUAGUCCAGGUGUAUAUAGUCCAGGUGUGUCUAGUCCAGGUGUAUAUAGUCCAGGUGUGUCUAGUCCAGGUGUGUGUAGUCCAGUGUGUCUGGUCCAGGUGUGUCUAGUCCAGCUGUGUCUAGUCCAGGUGUGUCUAGUCCAGGUGUGUGUCUAG